GGCCGCGCGGGCGGGGCCUCUCCGGGCCGGAUGGAGCGCGAUGGGGGAGCGGCCCGCCGGGGCGACAUGCCCGGCUUCUUACUGGCCCUGCAGCGCGCGGGCAGCCCCGAGGCGGCGCGGGCGCGGGUGCAGGAGCAGGACCUGCGGCAGUGGGGGCUGACAGGGAUUCAUCUACGCUCUUAUCAGCUGGAGGGAGUCAACUGGCUAGCCCAGCGCUUCCAUUGUCAAAAUGGCUGCAUCCUGGGAGAUGAGAUGGGCCUGGGGAAGACCUGCCAGGCUAUUGCUCUCUUCAUUUACUUGGCGGGAAGAUUAAAUGAUGAAGGACCGUUUCUGAUUCUUUGUCCCUUAUCUGUUUUGAGCAACUGGAAAGAAGAGAUGGCAAGGUUUGCUCCAGGCCUUUCCUGUGUAACAUAUGCAGGCGACAAGGAGGAAAGAGCUCACAUUCAGCAAGAUCUGCAGCAACAGUCACAUUUUCAUGUGCUGCUGACUACCUAUGAGAUAUGCUUGAAAGAUGCAUCUUUUCUAAAAUCAUUCCCUUGGAGUGUUCUUGUUGUGGAUGAAGCUCACAGGUUGAAAAACCAAAGCUCCCUGCUGCAUAAGACUCUGUCAGAGUUCUCAGUAGUCUUCAAUCUCCUGUUGACCGGAACUCCCAUCCAGAAUAGCCUCCAAGAACUGUACUCCCUCCUCAGUUUUGUGGAGCCUGAACAUUUUCCCAAGGAGCAGGUGGAAGAUUUUGUUCAACGUUACCAGGAUAUUGAGAAAGAGUCCGAGUCAGCCAGCGAGUUGCACAGACUCCUGCAGCCAUUUCUGCUGAGGCGAGUGAAAGCUGAGGUAGCUGCAGAACUUCCCAAGAAGACAGAAGUAGUGAUAUACCACGGCAUGUCAGCAUUGCAGAAAAAGUACUACAAGGCCAUUUUGAUGAAAGACCUAGAUGUGUUUGAAAAUGAGAUGGCAAAGAAAGUUAAACUUCAGAACAUCUUGUCCCAGCUCCGAAAGUGUGUAGAUCACCCAUAUUUGUUUGAUGGUGUGGAGCCAGAGCCUUUUGAAGUCGGAGACCACCUAAUUGAGGCUAGUGGGAAACUUCACCUACUGGAUAAGCUGCUGGCAUUCCUGUAUUCCAGGGGCCAUCGGGUUUUACUUUUCUCUCAAAUGACCCAGAUGUUGGAUAUUCUCCAAGACUAUAUGGAUUACAGAGGCUACAGCUAUGAGCGUGUGGAUGGUUCCGUGAGAGGAGAAGAGAGACAUUUGGCCAUUAAGAACUUUGGACAGCAGCCCAUUUUCAUUUUCCUUCUGAGUACCAGGGCAGGUGGAGUUGGCAUGAACUUAACGGCAGCAGAUACUGUGAUUUUUGUCGACAGUGAUUUUAAUCCUCAGAAUGACUUGCAAGCCGCUGCUAGGGCUCACCGGAUUGGCCAGAACAAGUCUGUUAAGGUUAUCCGGCUGAUUGGCCGGGACACCGUGGAAGAAAUAGUUUAUAGGAGAGCAGCCUCCAAACUGCAGCUCACCAACGUGAUCAUAGAAGGGGGCCAUUUUACUCUGGGAGCCCAGAAACCUUCAGCCGAUACUGACCUCCAGUUGAGUGAGAUACUCAAAUUUGGUUUGGAUAAACUACUGUCCUCUGAGGGGAGCACCAUGGAUGAAAUAGACCUGGAGUCCAUCCUGGGGGAAACGAAAGAUGGCCAGUGGAUCUCGGAUGCCUUGCCUGCAGCAGAAGGAGGGAGCAGAGAACAGGAGGAAGGAAAAAACCACAUGUAUUUAUUUGAAGGUAAAGAUUAUUCUAAAGAACCUAGUAAGGAAGACAGAAAAUCAUUUGAACAACUGGUGAAUCUUCAGAAAACCCUUUUGGAGAAAACUAGUCAAGAGGGCCGGUCACUCCGAAAGAAAGGCAGUGUUCUUAUCCCAGGCCUAGGGGAGGGGUCUACUAAAAGGAAGCGGAUUCUGAGCCCAGAAGAGCUGGAGGACAGACGCAAGAAAAGACAAGAAGCGGCAGCGAAGAGAAAGAGACUACUAGAGGAGAAGAAGAGGGAAAAGGAAGAAGCCGAACAUAAGAAAAAGAUGGCCUGGUGGGAGGCCAACAAUUACCGGUCCUUCUGCCUGCCCUCCGAGGACAGCGAGUCAGAGGACCUUGAGGAUGGGGAAGAUGAGAGCCCUGCCGAGCUGGAUUACGGAGAUCCAGACUCGACCUCCAUCAAGUACGUCAGUGGUGACGUCACCCACCCUCAGACAGGGGCCGAGGACGCUGUCAUCGUGCACUGCGUAGAUGAUUCUGGCCGCUGGGGCAGAGGUGGUUUAUUCACAGCUCUGGAAACACGAUCAGCUGAGCCAAGAAAAAUAUAUGAGCUGGCUGGGAAAAUGAAAGACUUGAGUUUAGGAGGUGUCCUUUUAUUUCCUAUUGAUGAUAAAGAGUCAAGAAAACAAGGACAAGAUUUGUUGGCCUUGAUUGUGGCUCAGCACCGUGAUCGCUCCAAUGUCCUGUCUGGCAUUAAGAUGGCAGCCCUAGAAGAGGGCCUGAAGAAGAUAUUUUUAGCAGCAAAGAAAAAGAAAGCAAGUGUUCAUCUUCCACGCAUCGGACACUCUACAAAAGGUUUUAACUGGUAUGGUACUGAGCGACUUAUUCGGAAACAUUUGGCUGCAAGAGGCAUCCCAACUUACAUAUACUACUUUCCUAGAAGCAGGGCUGCGGUCCUUCAGUCACAGUCCUCGUCUUCCUUCUCAAGACAGCUGGUGCCUUAAUGACUGGCCUAGGGUCAGAUCCAGUCUUCAGCAACCAGCUAAGAAGAUAUUUUCCCAGAGCUAUUGUAAUAGAGUAUUUCAAAAAGGAAUCAGGAUCUGGUGGGCAUCUGAGAUUGUGUCACUCUGAUCAGGUACCUGUAAUACAGGGAAGCACAACUUAUUUGGGAAAGCCCUUUGUCCCCAGUUGGCAUAGCUAUUGGCAUAAUAAAUUUUCUAUCUUUAAUA